CAGCCUCUCCUUCAUCUCCGCAUGCUUGAGCGAAAGCCUUGCAUCCAGACAACCCAUCCACAUACAACCGGCAGCCUGCGGUAGUUGUUGUGGACCAUGAAAGUCAUGGCGUGUGUCUUGACAGCAAGCCUCUCCAGUUUGACCACCCUACCGUCGUCGGCGGAGUCGUCGAGAUAAUCGCAUUGGCGUACCUGUUCAAGAUCAGUCAUUCCCAGCGUCGAAAUCAUGGAUCAGAUGGGAGAUACCAUAGAGGUCGUCUCGAGGAGACGACCGCAAGAUGAUUCCCAAAACAGGCAGCUCUCGGUGGAUCAGGCCUUGAAAUACACUCCCAUGACGAUGUCGAUUCUCCCAGCACGCGACUGCAUCCCUCUCCCACAACUUGGAUGUUCUAAUGACUCGCGGCUCACUUCUCCUUCCGAACGCCAGGCGGUAUAUCGAAGCGAACUCUACACACACGCGGCCAAGGAACGUCUUUCAGUCUUGCUCGAUCCCAGCCGCCUAUCUGAGAUCAAGUUCCCUCGAUCCCCAGUGCAAAAUGAAAACUCUGUCAAGCCAGAUCUGAAUCCCAUACAGAAGAUGGUCCUCAAAAUGUCCAAGGUUGAUUAUACUUGUCACUCCUCGUCAGCUGUAUCUCAACGGACGGCCAAGAAGAAAACUCUCCAAAUGCCCAUAACCAAACCUGCCUCUACUGUUACCAUCGAAAUACCAAAACCGCCUCCGUUCUUCCACAGAGAGGACUACAUCAAUAUGCAAGAUACUCCAAAGCGGCGGAAACUGAGCGAUCCUUCACUUCGCACCAAGCCAGCUUUGGCGACAAUCUCCAAGAAACAAAAGGAUGACCAGCUGUUAGCGAGCUUUGAGAAUCAACUCGGCGAGAUUUUCGAAACUCGAGAUCAAAUUGAUCCUGACAACUCCACAGAGCGAGCAAAAUCAACCAACGCUGUCUUUGACUUGCCGGAUGAAGAGGACGACGCUGAGCCGCGACUUGCGAUUGCCCUGCAGGAGAGACUUCAGUCGAUCAUGAGUCAACUUCUGAAUUCUGAUCGGUUAGGUGAUGUUUCUCUGGAGUGUCUUCGGCGUCUCCAACGAAUAUGUGAACCAGCGAUAGAAAGUGCACAGACAGUCAACUUGCAAAUAAUUUUGGAUCCGUCGGAUGAAGACAUCUCCACUUGGUUGUCGAACCUUCAGAAAGCAGAAAGUGGAGCUACUUCAGCCUGCACUCUGAUCUACACCGUCCUGGGUGCUUCUCAAAAUGAAGACCUCGUCAAUUCAGAAGCGCUACAAUGGUUGCCCAACGUGCUCGUCAAUUUAUUCGAGAACUGUUUGAUCCCCAUCGUCGAGGCUCGCCCCGAUGGACAAAGCGUCCAGCUCUUCAAUUACGCAUCUGCACACAGUGAACCUCUCAAACGUUUGUUGGAUGUUGGCCGCAAACUCCUGGAUCUUGUGACAAGGCUAUGUGUGGAUAUCAAGGCAGCUGGUCCAAUCGUCAAUGCCGCCGAAUUCCUGGCGGCGAAACUCAUUUUCGUUCAAAAUGCCUAUAACGACAAAGCAUCUGCACUUGGGUCUCAAGCGUACGAGCGGUUGAGAAAGCAAGCCAUGGCGGCUGUUGCCAAACUGUACGCGGCCUUUCCCCUCGAACGACCGGCAAUUUUGGACGAAGUCUUGACGUCCUUGGACAAGCUACCUUCAAAUAGCAGGAGUGCAAGACAGUAUAAGCUCGGGCCCGGCAAAAAUAUCCAACUGGUAUCUGCUCUUUUCAUGCAGCUCGUGCAGACUUCAGCUAUGCAAACAGACAUGAAAAGACGCAAAUCACGGCGUCAACCCAGGAAAGGACUAGUGGAUUCUGAAAGUUCAGACGAGAACGAGGAAUCAGUCAGUGAUAUGGAGGUUGACUCCGCUUCCGCGGCCGAUGAAACAGAAAAGGAUCCGCUGUCAACAUUGGGUGAGGUUGCACAGAAUCUUCUGAAUGACGCGUCAAUGAGUGCUCAGCAAAUUGUGAAAUGGAUGGUCGACAAGGCCUCGAAAGUCACCAAGACCGGCGAUUCUCCUUACCGCAAUAUUCUCGACCUGUUUGUCGAAGACCUCACGCUGGUGCUCCCGUUGACGGAUUGGCCAGCAUCUGAAUUGCUCCUCACCGUCUUGGCUCUACGCAUGAAAAAACUUGCCGAGACAGACAAGUCGGCUUCUACGAAGAAUAUGGCUCUCGAAUCCUUGGGGAUUAUGGGGUCUGCCAUAUCUCAGACUCGUGCGUCUGCUCGAAGCCUGCUUUCAUCAAUCAUGAGAGAAGGAGAGUCCCACUCCACUACCAUCGCUCAGGAUCUGUCGGAGUCUGUCAAGGAUCGACCACAUUUCUCUCUUGAAUCUCUCGAACUUGUGUCAUCUCGUGGACCAUUCUCCAUCGUCCUCUCCUAUCUGGGCCGGAAAACGGGAGAGAGCUUGAGAACCAAAUCUGCGAAAGCAUAUUUCCUUCUGAAGUUCGCCACUCUCAUUUAUCAGGUCGUCACAAAGCCACGAGAUGGAGACCGAGAGGUUGAACUAGACUCGAAGCUCACGGCCACCGUUUCGGCGAUGCUGCAGCAGCUUUCUGGAUCGACUGAAUAUAACGAAGCCGCUGAUGAUCAUAUCGAAGUUACUGAUCAAGAAGCCCAGCUGGCCUACACGCUGAGCAUUCUCAACGGGCCAUUCUGUCGCUUGUUUCCCGAAAUUGCCACGACGCUUAGUUCGUCGAUCGACAGUGAUCAGGCUCAAGUUCGCACUCGCAGCAUAAAGAGCGUUGCAGCUAUGCUGGAGAUUGAUUCUAGUCUUCUUGAUUGGGUGCCAACUCUAGCAGAUGCUGUUUUAAAGUGCGCUUCUGAUGACUCCUCCAUGGUGAGGGACUCUGCCUUGACCCUGAUUGCCAAAUUCAUCAUGCCCAGGCCUGUACUUCAGGCGAAAGCAUUCAAAGUGCUUCUCAAAUGCACUAUGGACCCUAACGUCGGAGUUCAGAAAAAAGCCAUGGCUCAUUUGAAAGACGUCUAUUUGAGGGAGGAGAGACACAACCUGAAACAGGCCAUUGCCAACGAGUUUCUGCAACGGAUUGCCGAUCAAGAAAGCACCGUGGCUGAGCUUGCAAAAAAGAUAUUGGCAGAGAUUUGGAUCGAUCCCCAAUUUCCAAUGCUGGAUUCGGCGGCUGAGUCUGCACAUCUGGACGUCGCGAUUGAGGAUCUCAAAUCGCACAUUGUCACAUGCGUCGAAAUGGAUAUUGCACGUCUAGCACCUCUCCUGAAGGAGUUCUUGGUUUGGAAGUUAAAGGACUCCAAACAUAUUGAUCAAAUCCGAGAUCUUUGCGCCCGGAUUGUCAAGAAACUCCUGGACGCCGCCAAUGGCUCUGAGGUGGGACCGGCAGAGUUGACGACGCUUGUCGCAUUCGUUGAUGCUCGACCGGAAGCAGUGGUUCCGGCAGAUCUAACGAGUUUGAAGAGCUAUCUUAAAGUUGUGGCAAAGCAAGAUAACAUUCAAAAGUUCAAAUCAGUCGUGGCCAUAUUUCGUCUGGUUCUGCCACAUCUGUCCAGCACUCAAGCCCCACUGCUUCAGGAGGUUCAGAUGGAUCUUCUUAGAGCUGGUCAUAAGCUUCUACAACGCGAAGUGGUGGAGGAGGUCAUGUCUUGUCUGAGAAGCAUUGAUGGGGUCCUGCACGAUACCAUCAAGAUUGUUAGGUACACGGUGUCACUAAUACGGAAUGUGCUACCCGCCAAAAUUCCGCAGAAGUCGCUCGAGCAGGAAACGAACCUGGAGGAGCUGAAGCCGAUUAGAUAUAGGAACACGUGUUUGCGGCUCCUCGGCGCCGUGGGGAAACAUAUUGAUCUGGAGCGAUUUGGCGGGGAAUUUCGAAAAACCUUUCCUGCAUACAAGGGUGGCUCGGUCGCAGGUUUUAUUGCCGACUGCAUUUGGGAAAAUACCCUCAAAAGCUAUGGUACUGAGACCCGAGUAAGGGCACUGGAGAGUCUCGGCCUAGUCUGUCAAGCAUGGCCGGGCCAGUUCAACAAACGGUGUGUUCGGGAGACAUUCUUCGAGGUCCUGGAUGGAACGUCUUUCAGUGGCUUGAACAAAAGUGACGUUGAGAGAAUGCAGAUCACAGUGCUUGAGGUAUUUCAAGAACUGUACGGGAAGCGGGCUGCGGUCAAAGAGGACGCGAAGAAAGGGGAGGGCGAUGGGGAGAUUCAGGCCUUAAAAAACAUCGGCGGCGACAGCAAGACACGCGAGGAUGACAGUGCUAUUUCAACCAUCACCAACGAUCUGGUCGACCAUCUCCUCCGCAUUGCCAUGUCCCAGACUGGUACCCAAGCGUUAUUAGCAGCUCAAACACUGGCCAGCAUCGACCACCAAGGCAUGACGCACCCGAAACAAAGCACGUCGGCGUUUGUGGCACUAGAGACCAGCACAGAUUCCCAGGUUGCUCGGGUCGCCCGGAUUGCCCAUGAGAACCUGCAUCAACAGCACGAAUCCGUCUGUGAAAGAGAGUAUAUUAAUGCCGUAUUCGCCGCAUUCCGGUAUCAGCAUGAAGUGUUCAAGGAUCCGCAAGGAGGGGUUGUUCCGGGAUACACCGCCAAACUUGCACCGGCUUUUGCGAUCAUCAGCACCAGUGGCUCAAAGUACGUGAAGAAAUUCAUCAGCAACCUGGUUUCGAAACUCAACACUGAAUACUCCAAGUUGAGUGUGGCUGAGAACGAACCGCCCGAACAUCUGUUGUUUGUCCUGUUUGUGACCCAGAACCUGGCGUUCUUUGAGUAUAAGAAGAUGGAUGAGCUACUGCAUACUGUGCUACAGCUGGAGCUGGCGUUUAGCAGAAACGGUGGCGAGACUGCACAGGCGAUCGAGACGCACCUCGGACCAGCCCCGGUCAAGCAUACAGGGAAUGAAGAUAGCGAUCUGGCUGCUACGGAGCCAGCGCCUCCUGCCAUGGACGUGGAUCCGGCCACGCUAAAAUCAGUGACGACGGCUGCUUGUGCGAUCACUUUGAUCUCCGAGGUGAGGAACUUUUUGAAGAGACAGUACGGGAUAUCGCGAGAUGUCAAGAUGGCGAUGCAACAGAACAAGCAAACCAAGGAGGCAGGAAGGGAGCCGGUGAAGGUGCAUGGAAUCACUGGAGAGAAAUUCUGGCACAAGUCCAACGCAGUUCUCGAGUCGCUCGGCAGCACGAGUGCGAUGAUUGCAAGAUGUCGCGAGUUUGUUGAUCUCGUGGCGGUGGACGACGAAGUGAAGAUUGCAGAGGAGGAGGCCGCAAUCAACGCCAUGAUGGACGUCGCCCCGGACCAACCUACAACUGCGCAACGCGGUCGCAAGCGCAAGAGUGUCUCUGGAUCAGUUGGGGGGACGCCGAAGAGGCCGCGCGGGCGAACCUCCAAGAUUGGACAUACACGACGAUCAGCGAGUGUGUCGUCGUCGGUAGAGGAUAAUCCUGACGGCGAUUUUGAGGGAUGAGGCAGCAUUUAUGAAUGACGACACUUGAACGGCAUUUCUCUGGAGAUUGAAAAGGCGACUUGAGGCCUGAUGAUACGAUGGAUGGGACAGAGGACGAGAUGGUCACUGCGUUGCUACAUGAUACCCCAACAAAACUUUCGACUUUGAGGAACCAAGACGGGCGUUUGAAAAGGGG